AUGCACAGUGUCGCCUUAUAUUCGCUUCUCUGUCUUGCCUUGGCUUCAUGUUUCCAUGCUCUGCCUGGGCCUGUUGCCCGAAUUCAACGAAAAGGGCCAUGUUCUGGCAAUACGCCCUCUACUCGAGGUCAAUGGUGUGGAUAUGAUAUCUACAGUGAUUAUUACUCUGUCGUUCCUGAUACUGGUGUAACAAGAGAAUAUUGGCUGGAAAUCAGUGAAAUCGUCUUUGCUCCCGAUGGAGUCCCAAGAUUCGCCCAGGCCAUCAAUGGGACAGUACCUGGCCCGACAAUAUUCGUCGACUGGGGAGACAAAGUUGUCGUUCACUUAACGAGCAACCUCAACACUUCUACCAAUGGUUCAUCCUUUCACUUCCAUGGCACUCAUCAGAACUAUACGAACCCCCAGGACGGCGUUGUUGCUAUCACUCAGUGUCCUACAGCUCCUGGCUCUUCGGUAACAUACAGAUGGCGGGCGACUCAAUAUGGCACUUCAUGGUAUCAUUCCCACUUUGGCCUUCAGACUUAUGAUGGUGUCUAUGGUGGCUUGAUCAUUCGUGGCCCAGCAAGCGCCAACUACGACGAAGAUGUUGGAAGUAUCAUGCUUAGUGAUUGGUCCCAUCGAACUGUUAAUCAGAUCCUGCCUGAGGUUCAGCGGAAAGGUCCUUACCCGAUGGACAAUGUCCUCAUUAACGGUACCAACACGUACAGCAAAGAAGGUGGAAAGAACCAGACUGGCGAGCGGUUUAAACUGGACUUUGAAGAGGGCAAAACAUAUCGACUACGUCUUGUCAACACCGGCAUCGAUACUCUCUACAAAUUCUCCAUCGAUCAUCACACUCUAAAAGUUAUUGCUGUGGAUUUUGUUUCUGUCAAACCGUACGAGACUGACCAUGUCAGCAUCGCAAUCGGCGAGCGCAUGGAUAUUCUUGUUACCGCCAACCAAGCUUCGAAAGCGUCAUCUUUUUGGUUCCGCGCCAUCCCUCAGCUUGACUGCACCAAGAACGCCAACCCACAAAACGCCCUCGGGAUUGUAUCAUACUCUUCCAACAGUUCGACGCCUACAACGAAGGGGCGUAAAAACUAUGAUCACUGCGAAGACGAACCCUAUGAAAGCAUUGUACCUAUCGUUCCCCAUUCCGUUGGGCCACCGGACAUGGAAGUCGUCGAAAAUGCCAACCGAUCUUGGAAUUCAGAUGGUAUAAUCAAGUGGUCCCUCAACAGUACCACCAUGAUUGCUGAAUGGGACCACCCUUCACUCCUGAAGCUCGGUCACAAUACCUCUUUUACCGAGUCAAAUGCCGUGAUCCGCAUUCCAAAGAAGGACGCAUGGGUUUACCUCGCCAUUGAGACGGAACUCGACAUUUCUCACCCAAUCCACCUCCAUGGCUUUGACUACCACAUCCUCGCCCAGGGUGUUGGACCGUAUGGUCCAAAUGUCACACUCAAAACAGACAAUCCACCACGCCGCGACACUGCCCUCCUCCCUGCUAAGGGGCAUUUGGUGAUUGCUUUCCUAACGGAUAAUCCAGGUGUGUGGCUUAUGCACUGUCAUAUAGGGUGGCAUGCUGCAGAAGGAUUUUCAAUGCAAUUUGUCAUACGAGAGGAUGAAAUCUCGGGCUUGGUUUCAGAUCAGGAAUAUGAGGAUAUUGAGGAGGGCUGCAAGGCGUGGCAUGACUUUUCGCGUAAAAUGGAGAUGGAGCAAGACGAUUCAGGCAUCUGA